AUGUCUGCUCUCCGUCUAGUCUCUUCUGCUGCUCGGCGGGCUCCCAAGGUGUUUACAUCUGGCCGACGUGGCUACGCGGAGGCGGCAGAUAAGAUCAAACUUUCUCUGGUCCUGCCGCAUCAAUCCAUUUUCACCUCCACAGAAGUCGUGCAGGUGAACAUCUCCGCAGCAACGGGAGACAUGGGUAUUCUCGCGAACCAUGUCCCGUCAAUUGAACCUCUUCGCCCUGGUGUCGUUGAGGUGAUCGAACCUGGGAGUGCAUCGAAAAAGUGGUUCGUCUCUGGCGGGUUUGCUACCGUUCACCCUAACAACUCGCUAACCAUCAAUGCGGUGGAGGCUGCGCCAUUAGAAGACUUCUCCCCCGAGGCUAUCCGUGCGAACCUGCAGGAGGCAUUGAAGGUUGCGGCGGGGAGCGGGUCGGAGGAGGACAAGAUGGAAGCGCGCAUAGAAGCGGAUGUGUAUGAAGCGUUGCAACAUGCUCUCGGUUCCAAGUAA